AUGCUUCCUGGUCUCGUCCUCAUUAAUUUGCUUCCAGCGCAGCAUAAUCUAAAGCAGCCGAAGCUCUCAGUGAGAACGUCCCUUUUGGUAGGGGCCAAGUGGAAAGCACAAAGUGCAAAAGGGCUUGGGCUGGCUUCAGGCUCUGCCGGGGCUGCCUCCGCACCGCUGCUGCCCCGCUCCUCCUGGCCCUGCUCGUUCUCGCGUCCCCGCGGCGCGAUCGCGGCGCUGCUGCCGUUGUGUUUUGGAGACCCGCUGGCGCCGCCCCCGCCGCCCCCCCGGCUCAAAUAUCGGCCCGGCGGCGGCAGCGCGGCCGCCCCCAUGGUGGAAGCGUCGAGCGGGGGCCGCGGGGGGACCCCGCAGCUCGGGCACGGCUCCGGGCACGGCUCCUGCCCGCCGCGUCCCGACCGGAGGCGGCGGCGGCGGCGGGCGGAGGCGGAGGCGGAGGCGGCCGGGGAGAGCCGGCUGGAGCUGCAGGCUUUCCGCGACUACGGGGAGAGCUGGUACCGCUCCCGAAAGGGGCUGGAGAGCCGCUUCCAGCCCCGGGAGCCGCUCGCCCGGCAGCCGCAGGUGACGGCGGAGGCUCGCUGCAGGCUGGUCAGCUGGCUCAUCCCCGUGCACCGGCACCUGGGGGUCUCCUUCGAGGCGCUCUGCCUGGCCGUCAACACCCUCGACCGCUUCCUCGCCACCACCCCGGUGGCCGCCGACUGCUUCCAGCUCCUGGGGGUGACGGCGCUGCUCAUCGCCUGCAAGCAGGUAGAGGUGCACCCCCCCAGCGUCAAGCAGCUCCUCGCCCUCUGCUGCGACGCCUUCAGCCGCCAGCAGCUCCGCAACCUGGAGCGCAUCGUCCUGCACAAGCUGGGCUUCAGCCUGGCGGCGCCCACCGUCAGCUUCUUCCUGGAGCACUUCACCCGGGUGCGGAUGGAGGAGCCGGGGGCCGACGCCGGGGAGGCUUCCGACGCCGGGAUCCUGGCCAGGGGCGUCGCGGAGCUGAGCCUGGCCGACUACGCCUUCACCAAGUACGCCCCGUCGCUGCUGGCCGCCGGCAGCCUGGGGCUGGCCGACCGCCUGCUGCGGCACCGCCGCCCGCUGGACCUGCGGGUCAGCGGCUACCGGGAGGGGCUGCUGCGGGGCUGCAUGGCCGAGCUGCAGCUCCUCGUGUCCCUCAACGGGGAGUCCCUGCCCAUGGUGCUGCCGCCCGACGUGGCGCAGAAGUGCUCCUGGCUGCGGGGAGGCAGCUGA